AGAAAUAACCUUAAAAUCACGUAAAAACCCUGUAAAAUAUAUAUUUUUCCUAUUAUAAAUAACAGUAAAAAUGUCUGUAGAUACGUAUUUAUGUUUGUGCUGCUUAUCUACAGAUGACUUGAGCACUUUAUGUGACAAAAACACUGAGAAUAACUUCGCAAAGUUGUUAAAAGAGUUGUUUGCAAUAUCGACAAAUCAAGAAGAAUCACAAGAUGACUAUAUCUGCAAGGAGUGUACAGUAAAGUUAAGAGCAGCCCACAAUUUUAAACAUCAAGUAUUUGACAGUAUCAAUACUUUACAAACGAUAGGAUUAAUAAAUCUGCAUAAAACAGAUGGCAAUCUGAUAAUCGAGAAAGUGCCAAAAAUAUGUACAGAUGCGGAGCAGGACAUAUUGAGGACACUCGGCAAGGACGUACUGUUACAGAGUAAUGAUGCUGACAGUAAAGCAGAACCGAAACGAAUUACACAUAAGCAAAUUAAAGAAAACAAAUUGGAGAAUGUGCAAAUAACAGACCAGAGAGACAUCAUCCGUCGCUUUCUUGCCAACAACCCGAUCAAAGCGUUAGAAGGAGACCAGCAUGUGUCUCCGUCUGCAUCCAAAGAGUUCUCUAAAGAGUUGUAUGCAGUUCCUGACGACUUGAAAUGUGGAAUUUGUAUGGAAAUUAUGGCAAAUGUUUACACUUUCCAUAUUCAUAUGAACAAACAUUUUCCAAAUCAUAUUUGUGAAGUCUGUGGGAAAGGGUUCGCAACAGAAAAGAGGCUGAAAAGACAUAAGUACUGCCAUAACGCAGGACCAUUCGACUGUGAGGAUUGUGGAGCGCAGUUUAAUAACUAUAGCAACUACCAAACACACAGAAAAUACAAGCACACAGAAGGGGCAACAUACUCAUGUGGCUUGUGCGGCGCACGGUUCCGUACGCUGUCCCAGCGCGCACGACACGCCCUCAACGCGCAUAACGAGGACGCCGCGUUUGCGUGUACCCAGUGCGACACCAAGUUUAUCACUUCAAGCUCCCUCAAAAACCACAUGAAGUAUAAGCAUUUAAAAAUAAAACGACAUUUUUGCGCGCAUUGCGAAGCGGCGUACUAUCAUAAGGAGGACCUAGUUGGACAUCUGACGGUACACUCGGGGGAAACCCCGUUUAAAUGCACAUUCUGUAACAAGAGUUAUCCACGGAAGAAAGCCUUAAUAGUCCACUUAAAAACACAUUUAGGCGAUAAACGCUUUUGUUGUGAUGUAUGCGGGAAGAGAUUUGUGCAAAAAUGCACCUUAACGACACACAUGACGACACAUAGUCGCGAAAAGCAGAAUACAACACGAAAAGAGUCUAAAGUGGAAAAUAUACAGUCCAAAGUGGAAAUAAUGGGACAUAAAGUGGAAAAUAUACACAGUAAAGUGAACAAUACACAAGCCGAAGCGAGUUGUACACAGUCUAAAGUGAAUAUUACUCAAGCUAAAGUGGAUGAAAGUUGUGCUGGGGGUUCCAAAGUGGAAAUUUUAGAGGACAAAGUGAUUAAAGAAGGUGUUAUAGUAAACGAUCAAUUCAUGAAUGUUGAUGAAUCUCAAAACCCAGUAUUGUAUCAUUAUGAAAUAUUUUAUUAAGUCAUUGAAUGAUUUACAUAUUUAUUUAUACUCGCAGCAGGUGGAGCACCAGCAUGCGUCCACAGGUUUUUUUCCAGAAGCGGGAAAGUUCCCGUUGUAAAAACUCUUAUGUUACGGACAGUGGGUCGAGGAUGGCCAAAUAAUACUCUUAACAAAUGUAUAAAUGGAUCUAUUUUUACAGAGUAACACCUUGUUAUUGUGCUCAAAAUGGAAUGACGGUUACGGACAGUUUUUUUAACACCAAUCAGAUAUCAACCCCACCUUACUUACUUUUUAGAAUCAUAACAAUGUCCCAUAUUAUACAGGGUGUUAGUGACAUCGUAACGAAUACUCAGAGGGAUGAUUCAGACCAUGAUUCUGAGUUAAUAUCAAGUGGAGUUUUCCGUCGCAAAAUUCAUGUUAUUUUUUUAGCUUUUUUAAAUUAUUUUCAAUUCUAUACUUUUGCGAUGGAAAAUUCCACUUGAUAUUAACUCAGAAUAAUCAGCUGAAUCAUCCCUCUCAGUAUUCGUUACGAUGUCACUUACACCCCAUACAAGUACAUACAGUAGCCAUACAAGUAGGUAUGGGUGUUAGUGACACUGUAACGAAUACUGAAGGGGAUGAUUCAGACCAUGAUUCUGAGUCGAUAUCAAGUGGAAUUUCCUGUCGGAGAAGUCAUGAAAAUUUUAGAGCUUAUUUAAAUUAUUUUCCGUUCCAUACUUUUGCGACGGAAAAUUCCACUUGAUAUCAACUCAGAAUUAUGGCCUGAGUCAUCCCUCAAAGUUUUCGUUACGAUGUCACUAACACCCUGUAUUUUUAACUGUAACCUGAGCUAAUAUUACUACUUAUAUUUUCAUUAAUCGAAUUAAGUAAUUAAAGUAAAUAAUUAAUGUAUGACAAUCCAAAUAAAAUAGGUAAUUAACUAAAUGUAUAAAAUAAUGAUCAUGUCCGGGCAGUGGCGCUGGCGUCGGUGGCAAAAGUCGGUAACACUUAUUAGUAAGGACACUGGGUGCUUUUCUUUUUCAAAUGCGGAAAACAGAGCCCACUAACUAAUUAACUAUAGGGAAUGUUCUCAAAGUGAAAAUAUUGCCCGGAACGGCACAUAUCUGAUUGUCAGGUAGAUAAGUGUCGUGGUAUGAUACUAAUCGGGUAGAUAAAGUAUGUAUGUUAGUAUGGCUUUGACGCAAACACAAAACAUGAUAACAAAUGAGAUUGGUAUCUGUUUAAAAGAGGUCUAUUGCAAAUGAGGGACUGUCCACUAAAAAAAAUAAAAAAUAGAUGGCGCUGUAUAGAUUUAUCGUGACAAUUACCUAUUUUUUCCGUUGCUCGAAGUACAUAAUACGUAUUUAAAAAAAUAAUAAAA